GCUUACACUGCGGGAGAAAAAACCCCUGAGAAUCCAAUUUCACGUGGAAAUGCAUUAGGGUUCGGGAAUCCAUUUCAUCGAUUUCAUUAUGCGGUGAAGUAGUCAUUCUUCCUCGUUUUAUCGCAGUUUUUCUUCUUCUUUCGUGACCAAGGAUAUGUAGAUAUUGUCGUCUGCAUUUCACGAUAAGUUUGAACGCAUUUGGGAGAGCUCGAACUAGUUCCAUUGAGCUUAGAACGCCGAGCGUGAACGAUUGGCCUGCAUGGACUGCCGCUUUCAUGAGAAGUCUAGUGAUAUUGUUCCCUGGCCAAUCAGGACCUUAGCUGACGAGGGGCAACCCACGAUCUGAGGCACUAUAGCACUAUAGCAUGGAGGUGAUACUACUACUACAUACACGGGUGUCCAGUAUUGACCGGGAUUCCUCCUACCCCUAGGGAUGUACUGUAGGAUGGACACCCCCGCUAGCGUGGCCCUCUUUACCUAGGAAGUUGAUGUCAAACUGAUACACUGUCUCGUCUGAAUACCCUUCUAGUGUGGCCAACCUCCGGAGACUGCAUGGAAGCCCGGUAACCGCUACUGCACCACUUUGGAUUUAUCUUCUCGCGAACAAGUGUUUGUUGAAGCAGACGACAAAACUGACAAGCAAACUGGAUAGCUCACAGUUUGAGGACGCCAUGCCUGCGAAAGAGGAAGACACGAGCCCAAAUAGCACCAACCACAGUGAUGCUGGAAGCACCGGCAGUGGAAGCAAUGCUAAGAAACAUACACGUAAACGAGGCCACAGUGGAGUGAACCAGUUGGGCGGAGUGUUUGUAAACGGUAGACCAUUGCCAGACUCAACAAGACAGAGAAUCGUCGAACUUGCCCAUAGUGGCGCCAGGCCAUGUGACAUAUCUAGAAUUUUGCAAGUAUCGAACGGUUGUGUGAGCAAAAUUUUGGGCCGAUACUACGAGACCGGCUCCAUCCGGCCAAGGGCCAUUGGUGGCAGCAAACCAAGAGUGGCUACAAAUGACGUUGUUUCAAAAAUUGCGCAGUUUAAACGCGAGUGCCCGUCUAUAUUUGCUUGGGAAAUCAGAGAUCGGCUGCUGUCUGAAGCUGUAUGCAAUCAAGAUAAUAUUCCAAGUGUAUCUUCAAUCAAUCGUGUCCUUCGGACACUGGCCAGUGAAAACCAGAAAGUUAUGGGCCAGAGUUCCAUGUAUGAUAAACUUGGUCUACUGAACGGGCAGGGCUGGCCUCGGCCAAACCCUUGGUAUACACCCACAGUUUCCAUGCACGGGGGCCUCGGAGCUCCUUCUGCCUACCCCCCUCCUCAAACAACUUCCCCAAUGGCAUCUGAGAAGAAAAAUAAGUACGACAGCAGCGCUGGUUCCACGGGUAGUCCCAGUGAUGGUCAGACCGGCGAGAAUGAUGAACAGAUGCGGAUGAGAUUGAAGAGAAAGCUACAGCGAAAUAGAACUUCAUUUACUGCUGCUCAGAUUGAAUCACUUGAGAAAGAAUUUGAAAGAACGCAUUAUCCUGAUGUGUUUGCACGAGAGCGUUUAGCACAGAAAAUCGAUCUUCCCGAAGCACGUAUACAGGUGUGGUUCUCAAAUCGUCGGGCAAAAUGGCGUCGCGAGGAGAAACUCCGUAACCAACGUCGCGAGGUCGCCAACGGCGCCACACGUCUCCCCAUCAACAGUAGUUUCACCAACAGCAUGUAUCCCUCUAUACACCAACCCAUCGCCUCCAUGACAGAUAAUUAUAGUUCUAUCCCCUCUGUGCCGAGUUAUUCUCUGUCGAACAACCUCCCGACGAACCCAGCCUGUCUCCAGUCAUCCAGCUCCUCCUCCUAUUCAUGUAUGAUACCAGAUUACACCCCCCGAAGUUACGACCCCCUGGCGUUAACCAACUACUCCCGCCAGACAUGUAACCCAGGUUCCUCCAUGCAGUCCCAUAUGAACCACAGCGCCCACAAUGGCGCCUCAACAGGUCUCAUCUCGCCUGGAGUGUCAGUUCCUAUCCAGGUUCCGGGAGGGAAUCAUCAAGACAUGGGCGCGCAUCACAUGUCCUCAAUGACGUCACAAUACUGGCCAAGGAUCCAAUGACCAGCUUGACCUCAAACUGUUUCAAAAUAACUUGAUGUGAUGGCACGUGAGGCGGUCACGUGCUCUUCCACUAUUGCAAGAAUCAUAUGAGUUCUGCUGUUAUGUGGCUAGCAGACUGAAUACGGAAGCAUAAUAUUGGAUUAAAAUGCUUUGACCCAAGGUCAAGGACAGGUAUCACUUCCGGAUGAUCCACGUGGAGCAGCUAAACCAAACGUGAACGGAAGGUAUCGAACUCGUGAAGCAUUUCCCCCAUCACUUUCCGCCAUAGCAUUACCAUUCUGCAAGAAAUGGAUUCAAUAGCAUAAUACAGCCUCGGCUACUGCCAGUACUGCACAUGCGCACGAUGCUCAAAGACUGUCAUGACGAAAGUCAUGCAUAUGACAAUAUAUUACAUGUAUUUGCAUAAUGUAUGUUACAAUGCCGGCUACCAGUGCGUUAUGAAGGACGGCCAAGAGAGGAACCAUUGAGGUGUCGGUAGUUCUAUUUAUAACUUCCGUAUUGACUGUGAGUGUGUGAUGGUGUUUUACAACACACAGACAUUGCCACAUAUGACACGGCCAGUUUCGUUGUGAAAGUGCUAACGCUUAUAUCGUGAGUGGUCGCUAAAGCAAAAUAUUUCUUAUGUGUAAGAAAAAAAGGUCUCAGGGCUUUUGACAUUGAUCAAAAUGACUGUAGAAUCUCACGUUUACGAAUGAGAUUAACGUAGUUUAUCGUGUAUCCGUGUGUUCACUGCAUUACCUAUCCAUAGAGACAGUGUAUAGACUCAUCCAGAUGGGCAGGACAUUGCUCAGAACAGAAGUCAUGUGACAUCGUAAUUACGUCAUUGAACUGAUGACGUCAUACUUCCAACUAGUGUUGUAUUGUGUUGCAGACUGAGUGUGUACACACACGGAGAGAGUUUGUGUGAGAUUUGUGUGGACUUACGAGCGUGUUCUCAAAACAGUGGCCCCGUAGCAUAUAGAUUGAUCCAAUCCCCCUGUUUAUACCUCACCCAGCAUGGCCCACCAUGGGCAGAUAUCUCAGUGGCGCUCAGCGCAUGGUUAUGUAUUACCCACUCUCUCACGAUGUCAAUUCCAAAUUAGUUCAAAUGUAUCCAUAUUUAUAUAACGCCGUUAUGUCAUAAUGUGAAUUUUUAUUGUUUCAAGUUUUCAUCUGUUAUAAUAUGGUAAAAAAGAAGUCAAAAUAUGUAAACUAUCGGCCUAGCUAAACAACUCGUGGCACGUCAAAGUUGGACUAUAUGUUGCGCCUUCAGCUCACUCAGUGAGACAAACAGUAUUUUGAUACCGUUACUACAAAUGAAAACGAAUUUUGUUAUGAAUUGUGUUAUAUCUAAAUUAAUAUACCGACUGAUUUUAGCAACGAAAGGAAAUUUAAUCCAUGUUAAUUAUUAUCAACAAUGGAUAUGUACUCAGAACUAACAGUGAAGGCAAGUAUUAACCAGAACGUCCCUCAAUCCUUACAGUAGUCCCAGUUUAGAUAAGGUUAACUUUAAGUUUACAUAACAACUCAGACAAUUCAUAAGUCGUUAUUUGCAAAGACAAUUAUCAGUAUCAAGUGCUACAGUAUUUGGGAUCCAAAAAUGUGAUUGACAUCUUUAGUAGCACCCAAUAUGUGCAAUACUGAGGAUGUUCAUCAAAUUAGUCAUUUAGUUAUGUGACCAUUUUCGAAGAUUCUUUUCAAAAUACUCAUUCAUCCAAUCGACGGUCACUUAAAACAUAUUUUCGUUGCAUUGACAAAAGUUCUAAGAUAGAUUUAUUUAUUUCUCAAAUAUGUAGUUGGAUUUUGUACGACAAUUACACAGCUACAAUCAAAAUGAUGAAACAAUGACUAAAUGUAACUAAUGUUAAUGUACGAUGUGUAUGUGCACCGGACCGUCUAUACGUGCAAUGAAGUAGACUUUUAAUUAUUGUUAUGUAACAAAUAUUUGUUUGAUAUACCACGUAGUAUUAUCGUUAGUCACGAUAGUUUACCUGGCCGGAUAAGAUAUUUCAUAUAAUCAACACAUCCUUUAAUUUCAUGAAUAUUUCUCACCAUAUGCACUAAGUUAUUGUAAAUUUCAAUGAAAAGAAACUUUACAUACAUCGGCCAAUGAUUAGAAACAUGAAACUGAUUCUCGUAUUCCUAUAUAAAUCAGUUUGCCCCAUCCUUCCUCUCUACAUUAUAUAUAAGUGGAUAUAGCAUCGAAAGAUAACGAACGUUGUGUGGAAUGCAUCGUUGUUCUGUUAUUUAUAUGGGACUCAGUCAUUUAGAAUCUCGCUGAAGAACCCAAAUCAAUUUAAGAUAUCGAAGCAAAACAAACAUAUUAGGUAUCGAUUUUAGGCCGAUGUAUGCGCUAGGUCUGAUGUUUUAUCGACUAGUAUAGUCUCACUCGACCCCUUGUGUAGCAAAGAAACUCGGUGUAAUUGUCUCCCCUGUCUUUUCUAUAUUUUUAACAUUGCCUGUACGAAGCAUGUACCCUACCAGUAAUAAUACCACGACUUACGUGUGGCUGUCCAACAGCUGCUGCCAUCAUUUUUUUCUUGAAUAAAAUGAUUUAAUGUGUAA